UGCUUUUGCCAAACAAUAUUCUACGAGCGCUUCGAUCAUCUGUAACCUUAUACUUUUUCGUAAAUAUAAACAUAAUGGAAAGUGUGUUGCACGGGACGCUUUUUGUGACCGUAUAUGAUGUUGAUAAGCUGCACAAUAGAUGUAACUUAGAUUUUUGCAACAAGGAUACACCUCACAAAGGGAAGAGAUUUCUAGCCCAAGUGAAGGGUUGUGUGCUGUGUCGACCGGAGCUUGUUGGGACUAGACUGUAUGCAACAGUUGAUUUAGAUAAAGCCAGAGUUGCGAGAACCAGAAUGAUACGACAUCAAACCUCCAACCCCAAGUGGAAUGAGACCUUUCGCAUAUAUUGUGCCCACAAAGUGGCAAACAUCAUAUUUACAGUCAAAGAUGGAAAUCCUAUUGGAGCAACACUAAUUGGAAGAGCAUACGUUGCUGUAGAUCAAGUUUUGGAGGGGGGCCCGCUAAACAGACAAGUUGAGAUUUAUGAUGAAGACUUACGUCCGAUACGAGGUGGCUCUAAAAUACAUGUCAAAAUAUCAUUCGAUCAUGCGUUUAAUGAUCCAUACUGGUCUAGAGGAAUAAAGAGUGCAGAUUUUUUUGGAGUUCCUCAUGUAUUCUUCAACCAGAGAGAAAAUUGCAGAGUCACUUUGUACCAAGAUGCCCAUGUCCUUAGUGAUUUUGCCAAGGUAUCUAUCCCACUGUCCGGGGCAAUCAGAUAUUAUAAUCCAGGAAGAUGUUGGGAGGACAUUUUCAGUGCCAUUUAUAAUGCUAAGUACUUGAUUUAUAUAACUGGGUGGUCUGUUUACACUGAAAUAACAUUAACUAGGAACUUUGAUAAGCCAUCCAUGACUCUGGGGGAGCUGCUCUUGAAGAAAGCCGAUGAAGGAGUCAGAGUGCUUAUGCUUGUUUGGGAUGACAGAACUUCUGAUGAACUCAGAAAAGUGGGUUUGAUGGCAACCCAUGAUGAAGAAGAAACAGCACAGUACUUUAGGAAUACUAAAGUAAAAUGUGCCUUGUGCCCCAGAAAUCCUGAUGUUGGAAGGAGCAUAAUUCAAGGGCUUCAAACUUCAACUAUGUUCACUCACCACCAAAAGGCAGUCGUUGUUGACUGUGGCUUACCUGACAUUAAUGAAGAGCUCAAUGGAGGAACACACAAGAGGGCUGUUGUAAGUUUUAUAGGCGGAAUUGAUCUGUGUGACGGGCGAUAUGAUACGCAUGAGCAUCCUUUGUUUUCAACUCUAAACACAAUCCAUAAAGAUGAUUUCCAUCAGCCAAACUUUCCAGGAGCUUCAAUUAAGAAAGGUGGCCCAAGAGAGCCCUGGCAUGACAUUCAUUGCAAACUAGAAGGGCCUGUUGCGUGGGAUGUCUUGUACAAUUUUGAGCAGAGGUGGGAGAAGCAAGUUGGUAGGGACUUCCUUAUACCUCUUACUGUGCAUGAUGAGAUUUUUGUCUCUCCGUCUGAAAUAAAACCAUUAGAAGACCAUGAGACAUGGACUGUUCAGUUGUUCAGGUCCAUUGAUGGUGGUGCCGUUUCUGGGUUUCCUGAAAACCAAGAAGAGGCAACCAAGUUAGGCCUUGUCAGUGGGAAAAAUAACAUCAUUGAUAGAAGCAUUCAAGAUGCUUACAUAAAUGCUAUUAGGCGAGCCAAGAAUUUCAUAUACAUCGAAAACCAGUAUUUCCUGGGGAGCUCAUAUGGCUGGAAAUCAACUGAUUUAAAACUUGGAGAUAUUGGAGCUCUGCAUCUUAUACCAAAGGAGCUGUCACUAAAGAUUGUGAGCAAGAUUAAAGCAAGACAGAGGUUUGCUGUGUACAUUGUGAUCCCAAUGUGGCCAGAAGGUGAUCCUGAGAGUGCUUCAGUUCAAGCAAUAUUAGACUGGCAAAGGAGGACAAUGGAGAUGAUGUAUACCGAUAUAGCUGAAGCCAUUGAACAAGUAGAAUCUAAAGCCGACCCCACAGACUACCUCAACUUUUUCUGCCUUGGGAAUAGAGAGGUGGAGAAGCCUGGAGAAUAUGUUCCUCCAGAGAAACCAACGCCUGAUUCUAACUAUGAUAGAGCACAAAAAGCCAGGCGCUUCAUGAUCUAUGUUCAUUCAAAGAUGAUGAUAGUUGAUGAUGAGUAUAUAAUAGUUGGCUCAGCCAACAUAAACCAGAGAUCAAUGGAUGGGGGAAGAGAUACAGAAAUUGCAAUAGGGGCAUUCCAACCGCAUCAUCUAACAGAGGAAGAGAGUCUGCCAAAAGGUCAGAUACAUGGAUUCAGAAGGGCAUUAUGGCUUGAGCAUCUUGGAGAUAUAGAUGCUGAAAUGUUGGACUAUCCAGAAAAUGAAGACUGUGUGAAGCUUGUGAAUUUUAUUGCUAAAGAUAACUGGGAAUUAUACACAAAGGAAACAUUCAAUGAAGAUGAUUCAAGUCUAUUUAAGCAUCUCUUGCGUUACCCCGUUGAUAUAACAAAAGGUGGGGGAGUGGUUGCAUUAAAAGGGUUUGAAUUCUUUCCUGACACUAAGGCUCGUAUUCUAGGUACCAAAUCUGAGUACCUUCCUCCUUUGCUCACUACCUAGGUUGAACUGUGUGGCUCUGUUUUGU